GUGUCGUUCUAUUCGAUAGGAAGCUGUACAUGCUCAAGAUUGUAUCUCGAAACGGCGCCGUGAAAGUCUUGGGGCCAGCAUUGCGCGUGUUGACCUGUGACCUGGGAUCCGUCUUCAUCGCUACAGAAGUAAAACUUGUCCAAAUAUGCCCUUUCCCGGCCCUCGACGGCCAAAAAUGGAUGGGUGAAAAUGCAUUUGAUUGUUCGCAUGGCUUCCAUGAGAAAAGGGAUGGAACGGUCGACAGGAGCGCUCUGGGGUCUGUUCGAUCUACGCACACGAACCCUCCUCUUUCGUCAUGGAGCCGCUUACACCUGAUCGCCCCAGUCAGUCGACCAGCGAGAUACCCUGGACCAGCUUCGGUUCCGGUCCAGAGAACCUGGCUCCGCGACCACUGCAGCUCCCAAACCGCAGCCCCGCAACCGGUCCAGUAAUCAGGCCAUCGGAUAUGUACAUACCGUUCCGCGACCCGCCGCCAACGCCAGGGCUCAGCCCCAUUCGGCCGCCGAGGGAGCGCGGGGUUAUUCAACACUGCCUUCAUCGCCAGAACCAAUCUGCUCCGUACUCGAGAGGCUCGGGGCCGGCACCAUGCCCUGUGUCCCUGCGAGAUGCCGGCGCACGGUGGGCCAGUUCAUUGCAAGUUGUCCAGCCUGCAGUGACCAGCGAGCGUACCCAAGGCCCUCGCUCGCCUGAAUCCAUGGCAGCCGUUGUGGCAAAGGGAGACAACCUCAACAGUCCUGACUACCUUCGCAUGAGGGCUAUUGGGGAGCUCUUGGCGACGGAAAGAAUAUACCUGGCGGACAUGCGUGAUCUGGAGAAGAUGAUGGAGUCCGCAAAACGCUACCUGAAUCAAGAAACAGUCAGGCAGAUAUUCCGCAACGUGGGGGAGAUUGUCGUGUUCCACACAUCCUUCCUCCAAUCGCUUGAGAAGGCAACCGCUCCCUUGCACCACCAGAUGAGUGCAAGCUGUAGCGAGCCAAGGAGCCUGCGCAUCGAAAAUUUCCAAGUUGUGAUUGGUCCUGUUUUUGAUUCUCACCUUAUACGUGGGAGCCUCAUAAGGAUCUACGAGCGAUUCCUUAACGGCAGCCAUGGUGCCACUAGGUUACUCGCCCUACUACAGCUGGGUUCAUGGAGUCUGGAUUCUCUACUCAUAAAACCUCUGCAGCGUUUGAUCAAAUACCACGACCUUAUCGGCGCCAUUCACGAGCAAACGGCCAGGUACACCGAUCCUUGCCACCUCGAUCUACCAGCGCUAGACAGGGCGCAGAGAAUGCUAAAGGAGACGAUCACGCGGAUCAACGAGACAAUUCCUUGCGUCGACAAGGAAUGUGCAGGAACGAGUCCACCUCUGACGGCGAAGGCCAAGGUCAUCCGCGCCUUUCAGCCCACGUGGCGGCGACAUUCAAGGUAGGACUCAUGUAGUUAAGGAAUGAAGCCGGCUAAGCCUACCUAAUCCUGCGAAUCUACCCCCAGCUCACGAAUUAUCUGCGAUGCGUGGCCGCGUGAAGGGCUUUCUGGAGCUCGGUCGGAUGGCGUGCUGAACAGGGUG